AUGGCCACGAGUGCGUUUGACUACUUAAUUCACUAUAACGGAAAAAGGCUUAAAAUUAACUCAGCUCGUGAGACAAUUUUUAUGGGUAGGUGGAAAGUGAGGGAUGGCCUUCCAAAGAAUGACAUCUACAGUCUUUCUUUCCUUCUCUACGUGACCAAAUCAGUGUCUUUAAAAGGCUUCCCUUACCAUCUCACUUACUAUACCUCACCAAAAUCUAAACUUUCGCUUUCUCCUGACUUUAUUCACUCACCCUUCGACGUAUAG